AGAGAAAGUGUGAGGGGUGAUUUGGAUAAAUGACAAGGGUUUACCGUUUGUUAAGCCCGUCUUCUUCGCCUGCUUAGUUUUUGUACGCACUUCACGUUCACUCAGCGCACAAACUCUCGGUUCCAAUUCCCGCUCUCCUUUUCUCGCCAAAUCUUCGCUUUCUCACCGGCGUAGGGUUCGGAUUCGGCCAUGCAUCGCUCUCCUGUGGGCGCUCGAUGAUCUCGUUUCUUCUGCACUUGCCUAUCUGUUCGGGGUUGGGCGCUACUCGUCCGGACGAAGACGAGGGCUCAGACUUGCAGUCCAAUCUGCGUAGUGUCCACUGACGAAAGGAAGGACUCGUAGAUAUGGGUUGUGUCUGUUGCUGUUUGCGCUUUCUGUUCUUUCAUAAUAAGAAGGAAAAAACUAUUGUUCCCAAUUCCUCGGAACAAGUCAAUGCUGCACAUAAUACAGCCAAUUCUUUGUCAAACAAUGUUCCUAGUGGAUGCCAGCCACAGAGACAGAAUGUUGACUCUCAGUCGGAACAAGCCAAAGGUCCUGCUGUUCCUUCAGAUGAGCAGGAGAGAGCUGCCGUUCCUCUGUCAAACAAUGAGCCCAGAGGCUUCGAACAGGAGAGACGAAAUGAUGGCCUUGUGUUAGGGAAUGCAGAAGCUGUUUACUCUCAGUCGGAACAUGCCAACGAUCCUGCUGUUCCUUCAGAUGAGCAGGGGGGAGCUGCUGUUCCUCUGUCAAACAAUGAGCCCAGGGGCUUCGAACAGGAGAGACAAAAUGAUGGCCUUGUGUUAGGGCAUGCAGAAACUGUUAGCUCUCAGUCGGAACAUGCCAACGAUCCUGCUGUUCCUUCAGAUGAGCAGGGGAGAGCUGCUGUUCCUCUGUCAAACAAUGAGCCCAGGGGCUUCGAACAGGAGAGACAAAAUGAUGGCCUUGUGUUAGGGAAUGCAGAAACUCUAGCAGGUCCCCAAAAUUCUAUAUUAGACAGAUGUGGAAACGGAUCUGCUGAUGGAGAAGGGUUGAAAUCUUGCCUUUCUUGGAAUUUGAAGGAUCAGCUGUCAUUAGAAACUACUGCUAUAGGAACAAAUCUUUAUCCAGCAUCUCAAGAAGAAGACGUGUGCCCAAUUUGCCUUGAGGAUUACACAACUGAAAAUCCAAAAAGUACUUUGCAAUGUAACCAUGAGUUCCACCUUGGCUGUAUAUACGAAUGGAUGGAGCGAAGUUGUGCCUGCCCUUUCUGUAGCAAGAUAAUGCUAUUUGAUGAAGAUGCAUGAACUUGCCUGGCAUUCUUUCUAGUGGUUACCUCCCUCAACAUUUGCUAAUUCUACUGUGAAUGGAAGCACUUUACUCAUUGUUUCGAUUUUUUUCAUCGCCACACUGUUCUGAAUUAUUUAGUUGAGAAUUUUUUGGUUACUUGCCCAUAGUGCAUUAUAU